AUGAUGAAGCAGAAAAUACGUUCUCUCUCUCUUUCGUCUUGGUAUGACAGCAUUCUCGCUCGAGAUGGUCUGUUCUUUCGUUCUUCCUUCCUUUCUCUUCCCUCUCGUGCUUUGUUUAAGGGCUUGGUGACGGUUGAAACUGCUUUCUCUCUUUUCGAUAUAGCGGCAUUCUGCAUACGUAGUCAAAACGGGUCCAUCCAUUCGACUGGGAGACCAAUUCUCCUCACAAUUUUGCAAACACAUCUUUUCAGUCCGUAUACUGAGACAUUUGCCAAAUGCCUGGCCAGCCUGCUGGCCUGGCGAAGACUAACUUUUUCGUUUCACUAUUCGUUUCCGUUUUCCUCUUGUCAUGUGGUCAAUUUUCAAAAUAUUAACUUUUUCCUCAUUAUGGGUGGAAUGGGGCCAUCGACUCCCUCUCUCAUCUUCAGGGUCAGAGAAAGUUUAGUUCAAAAUGUUUCAACCUAUCCCAACCGGAACCUAUCCACGUAG